UUUCUGCGAACAUAGUUGCGAACAAGGGGAAACGAAAGUAAACUCAUUACCAUGAUAUUACAGAUGAAUUUUGUUAGAUCCAUUUUCAUGUGAAAGGAAAAUGCUGGGCCAACAUCAGUGAGAUGAGAUAAAUAUUUCAAAUAACGUCACAACAUGGUUAAAUUCUGGUCAAGGAAAGCAUUGUUACGCAUCGUAAUAGCUGCUAUUAUUGUUUGCCUCAUUGGGACUACAGUGUUGAUGUUUUACAAUGUUGCAGAAAAAGGAAAAAGAACAUUAGAAAAACAACUGGAAAAAAUAAAAUCACCUAUGGAAAACAAAGACAUACUUGCAGCACUAAGAAUAGAGAUUGAUGAACAAUUAGAAAAAAUAAAGCAUACUGAAUCAGAAAUUAAUAAUUUGACGAUGUCUGGAAAGAAGAGUUAUGUCAAUUUGGUGCCGAAAACAACAUUGAAUCAACCAAAGCAACCAGUUGGUGAUGAAAAAAGAAGUAAUGAGGUCAGGAAUAUCAACUAUAAUGUUCACAUAUUUUACUAUCCUUGGUAUGGAAAUCCAAAAACUGAUGGAAAAUAUUUACACUGGAAUCAUCCGUUUUUACCACACUGGAACAAAAAUGAAGCAAAGAAAUGGCCUUCUGGACAUCAUAAUCCACCAGAUGAUAUUGGAGCUAACUUUUAUCCAGAGCUUGGACCCUACAGCUCCAAAGAUCCAAAUGUAGUGAGGAAACAUGUAAAAGACAUGAAAUAUGCUGGUAUAGGUGUAAUGGCUGUAUCAUGGUACCCUCCAGGGGAUGCAGAUUCCGAAGGAGAGGAGCCUGACAAUCUCAUGCCAAUGAUCUUAGAUAUUGCAGCAGAACAAGGAAUUAAGGUUGCGUUUCACAUCGAGCCAUAUAAAGGUCGUGAUCAUUUGACAAUGAAAAAGAACUUAAAAUACAUAAUAGAUACAUAUGGAAACCACUCUGCCUUUUAUCGACGGUACCACAAGGAAAAGGAUAGGAUGCUUCCUUUGUAUUACAUCUACGACUCCUAUCAAGUAAACGCUAAACUCUGGGCUGAUCUGUUUAGUCCUAAGGGCAAGAUGACAGUAAGAGAUAGUGAACUUGAUGGAUUUUUUAUUGGUUUGCUGGUUGAACAACAACACAAGGUACAUGUCUUUUCUGCGGGUUUUGAUGGAUUUUAUACCUACUUUGCAACCAAUGGCUUCACAUUCGGUAGUAGCUGGGAUAAGUGGAAAGAUAUUCAAAAGUUUGCAAAAUCACAUUCAAAGAUGUUCAUUCCAAGUGUUGGACCAGGUUACAUUGACACAAAUGUUCGACCAUGGAAUGCUAAAAACACCCGUAAUAGAAAUUCUGGUAAUUACUAUAAAUCAGCGUUUGAAGCUGCCUUUAAGAUUAAGCCAGAUAUCAUAUCAAUUACCUCUUUCAAUGAGUGGCAUGAAGGUACACAGAUAGAACCAGCAGUGUCCAAGAAUACUGGCAAAUAUUUGUACCUAGACUAUGGAAAUAAGCAGAGUCCUCGUUACUAUCUGGAUCUGACGAAGGAGUUCACUGACAGAUAUUUGCACAUGUAAUGGAGAGACGAUUUAACUUAUCUUUAGGUUGAAAAAAAGUAUGGCUUGGCUAUACCAACACCAAUAUUCAGUGAUGGGAAAUCUCUAUAUCUGUAAUAAAAAAAAAAACAAGUGUAAUAUAUGUUGCAGAUUGUGUUCAAUACAAGGAGGGUAUUAUAUUAAAAACACGACUAGCAAAUUUGUACCAUGGUGUGAAAAGCUGAAAUCGGAUCUCAAAAUUGAUGAUAUAAGAACAAGGAAAGAUUUACACGGGGACUCUCCUAAAUGUACUACGUUUUGUAGUAAAAUAAGAUUCAUAAGUUGUCAAGGAAGGGCACCUGUUAUGCAAGUCAGAUGAAAUCCAAUUAAUGUCAAUUUGUAAUAGAUUUUCAUAUCUCACAACUAAUUACAGAUUUAAUAUGUAGAGUGAAGUCUCUAUGACAUAACUUAUCACUUGUCAAAUGGAUAGUCAUUGUAGAGUGAAAGCGUACAUAAUUGUAAUUACAAUUUAUGUGUCGUUUUUAGCUCACCUACCCUUCUUAAUAACCAAGAGGCCCAGGGAGUUGAUAUUGGGCCUGUAGCAUGCUGGGGUGAAGGGCUGCCAAGUUGUUCAA